AUGAAUUGCUAAGAUUAAUUUAAUCUAACUUGUUUAAUCUAUCCAUCAUAAGCUAAAAGGGUCACAGCUAAAAGAAUAUUAUUCUAAAUAAACUUCUGCAAGAAGGUUUUUCUAAUUUCAAUUCCAGAAUUAAAGAGAACUAUCAAUGAAAUUGGGAUGCAAAACAAAAUUUUCAAAAAUGUAGGAAACUAAUUGCUUUAAGCUCAUAAUUUAACUCCAUAAACAAUUUAUGUUCCAAAACAGAAUAAAAACGACCUAAGGUAUCAUUGA